AUGGUGACUCGAAACCUGAAACGGGCGAGCUCCGAUCCCUUGCUGAAACCCAUCGUAUCAACGGUUUCCAACCCGAUCCCAACAAAAGAGCUUGUCAACCGGCUUGCGGCCUUGGCUGAACAUCUAUCAUGCUUGGACCAAGGGAGCGUGGAUCCAAAGAAAUACGCCUCUGUAGCCAGGGACUUGGCUAAUACUAAGCUUUUGAAUCACCAAAACGAGGCAAUCAAGGCCCACACAUGUUGCUGUAUUUCGGAUAUUCUCAGGAUAUACGCCCCCGAGGCUCCUUACUCUGAGGAAGAGCUCUCAAAGAUUUUUAGGGCAUUCUUCGACCAGCUAGGCAAUGCUCGGGAUAUAAAUGAUUCAUACCAUGCACGACACUCUUACCUUUUAACGCGCUUGGUCGAAGUCAGAUCCAUCAUUUUGGUGGUAGACUUACCUGAGGCAGGUGAUCUUAUAACCCUCUUGUUUGAAAGAAUGUACGAUUUGGCUGCAAAAGGGUUCCCGCACAAGUUGGAGCUGUUGGCCGCUGAUAUGCUAGCAGCUGUGAUCUCAGAAGCAGAGUCGAUACCUAAGAAGGUUGUCUCCACAAUUUUCAAAAGUCUCACUUUUACAGGCACUUCUCUUACUGGUGAAUCCUCGAAUAUCUCUCAUCCUGGAUACACGUUUUCCAAAGCUAUAUGCGAAGCAAAUAUUGAUAAGAUGUCACGACAAGUGGCUCAAUUGUUCUCUGAAAUGUUGGAUGAGAGUGCCAAAUCUAGUGGAGGAUCCACAUCCUUCACGAACGCGUCCUUCAAGACGUUGGAAACGAUUCACACUUGGUCUAUUCAAAUAUGGAGACAUGUUCCUGAAAUGUUAGGUUCAAUCAUCGGCUUAAUAGGUGACGAACUUACGUCUGACUCCGAGAAAGUGAGGGUGAUGGCUACCAAGACAAUAGGUCAAAUCCUUGCCACUUCUCAAGAGGACACAACCCAUGUCAGCAUCGACAGUAAUGUUGUUCACUUUGUGAGCACCCACAAGGAUGCUUGGCUAGGCUGGCUCAAAAAAGCAUCUGAUGUUUCUCCCAGCGUUCGUCUGACAUGGAUCAGCCUGAUUCCAGGCAUAUUGAAUUCUCCUUCGAUCACCUCAGAGAUGUCAAACGAAUUACGCAUCCACAUAAAAAAGAGUCUUGUCGAUUCUAGUGAGAAGGUAAGAUCGGCGGCAUGCACUGCCAUAGAAUUAUUGCCCUUCUUAACUUUCACCAGUAAGCUUCUUGAUGAAGAAGUCCUCCGCACAUUGUUCUCACUUUGUCGUGAGCGUGAUGAGAACUCAAGGAACAAAGUGAUCAGGGCCUUGUGCUAUGUUUAUGAUAACUAUAUUCACAUGAAGCAGGAGAACGAAGUUGCUGACUUUGGAAACCUUCAACUCUCAGAGUCAAGAAAGGUGGAGGAGAUGAUCUUGCGAGAGUUUCCGAACCAAUUUCUCCAGCUCAACUAUAUAAAUCUUCCGUCCAUCACAACUACGGUAGAUGUGGAAUUAUUCGAAAAUGCUCUUCCGUUUCAAAAUGAUGCAAGCAAGCGCGUACUUCGUGUGUGCCAGUUCUACUCGGUGCUCGAUCAAAAAAGCAAGGAGGCGUUCACUGCAAUAAUCUUGCGUCAACAAAGAUACGCUCAUGCAUUAUCUAAAUUCGUUGAGCUAUCUCAACAGUAUCACUCCUCUGGGUUCGACGAGGGCGACAAAGAGAAUAUCGACAGUGCCAAGGGAAACAAGCCCUCUAAAGAUGACUCGUUAAAGAAAGUUGAAAUAAUAAUCUCGUGGUUCGCUUCCCAUAUUCCUCAAAACUUCAAUGCCCACGCAUGCUUGGAAACACUUUUCAUGCUUAAUAAUGGUCGUCAUGCAACAUUAUUGAAGAAUUGCAUCUCACCUCGUCUGGAUUACAAAACGGUCAAGAAUUCGAUAAAGGAAUUUAUCUUGAAUUUAAGUAAUCAAAAAUCUUUCAAGACAAAAUCAGUCAAAUCAUUGGUGACAUCAGCAGAGAUGAUUUCAACCAUUAAGAUAUUACUUUACCGAGCUUCCCCUAUAUUCUUCAAUAGGACCAACAUUGCAGAAUUGAUCUCGAUUGCAAAGAACUCUGACAAUGACUUCUCAGAAAUUUCAAAUGAGUUGCUUGAAACUUUUGCCCAAGUCAAUCCACAGGCUUUCGAUGACCAUAUUGAAAUUAUGGCAGAUAUGCUCAUGAAUGAUGACUUUUACCAUCCCAAAAACGGCGUUGAAACGCUUCUUCGCUCGAUGUACUACUCAAUCAAAAAAUCACCUAGCUUGUUUCCAGACAGCUUAAUAUUCACUGACAGAUUACUUCGAUUAGCCAAGGAGGGCUCACCGGUUCAAGCCAAAUACGCUGUCAAAUUGUUGGGCUGUCAUCAUCACAAGGAGAGCUUUUUGGCUGAUAUCGUCUCAUCUUCAGUACCAUUGGAUCCAGAGGACCGGGGAUUGCUGACAAAGCUUUCCUCAAUUGCCGAGGUGUGUCUUAUUCACCCUAUUCUUGUAGAGCAGCAUGUUUCAAAAAUCAACUCUUUAAUCACUGAACAGAUACUCAAAAAGAACCGACAUAAGGAGAACAGUUCGCUCAAAGUGCUUUGGAUUGAAAAGAAAGAAUUAGAAAUCAAUCACAGGGCCUAUCAACAACUUCUUGAGAAACUACUUGCGAUAAGAUAUAUCGUCAACAGAAUUCGCUCCUUGUGUCUCAGUGAAGAUAUUGCAAGUGAUCCAGGUUUAAUAAAGCAAUUUGAAAAGCCUAUCAAAUUGCUUGCACUUAUUGUUGCAAGAGGUGGCGAGAUUGUCAAGCAGACAAGUGAUCUGAUUCCAACACCAGUAUUAUAUCAGCAGCAUUUACGUUUAGCUGCUGGGCUCGCUAUACUAAAGCUUGGGCAAGUAUCGAUACUACACCCGCUUUUAAAUCAUGACAUAAUGGGAAAAAUUGGUCGGUUGAUGUAUGACCAAUCAAAAGUGGUUAGAGAAACCUUCAUGAAAAAAUUGCAAUCUUAUUUGUCAAGAGCAAAAAUCCCCGAAAAGUUUGCAUACCUCGUUUUUUUUAUGGGACACGAGCCCGACUCGAGCCUACAGCAGUCCGCAAGCACAUGGAUUAAGUCGACAUACCAGAGGUUAGAGGGCAAGAAAGACAUGACAUUUGAGCGUGCCCUCGCGAGACUUAUUCAUGGUAUCGCCCAUAACGAGCGUUUUCUUGAUCACAUUUCUACCGAGGAUGAAACCGCAGACUUUACUGGCAUACUUCGUGGUCUUGAGUUUGCUCUGAAAUUUAUCAUGAUGUAUCUUACUGCAAUAUCCAAAGAUGAAAAUAUUUCCUUUUUAUAUUACAUUGCCAGUCGUGUGAAACAAUACAGAGACGCCACGAUUUCGUCGUCUUCAUACGAAGAUGCAAACACUCCACUGGAAGCUGUGAACCUAUACAGAGUUGCGGAGUUGUGCCAGCUUCUCAUCAAGGAACACGCCGAUCAGAUGAAAUAUACCUUACAGACCUGGCCUGGAAAGUUGAAACUUCCCACAGAUAUAUUCUCACCAAUGGAGAACUUCGAAGAGGCUCUGAAAAUCAUUGGAAGGCAAUAUAUUUCUGACGAUAUACAACUUGAGCUAAGAAGAGCAUUAAAGAAAACUUCCGCUCGUCUUAGUAUACCACCAUCCAGUGCUAGUUUCCCAACUCCCACAAGAAAGCGCAAGGCCACAGUUAAAGCAAAGAAGUCAAAGUCAAAAGUUAGAAUUGUUAAGGAAGCAAACGGUAAUCUCACUUCCAAAAAGCAGUUAAGAAGAAGCUCAAGAGCAAGGAAAGCUGUUAGAUAUGACUUUAGUGACGAUUCCGGAGAUGAUGGUGGCGACAGUUAUGAGCUGCUUAGUGCUGGCGAAGAAUAA